CUUAGGAGCGAGACGGUAUUUCCAAUCAGGACACCUUUUCCUCCUCAAAAACAAUUUGCCAUGGAACUCCGUUUACCAUAGGGAGUCGAACUUCGUCGUGUACUGUUGCAUGUCUCGCAAGGGCGAUCAACUCUCAUUCAACAACCCAAAACUGAUUCAAGUCAGACGGGUUUUUCUAUUUUUUUAAACAAACAUUUAUUGUCACAGUGUCGCAGAAGAGGGGUAUUCAACACCGGCACAGCGAGACGGAUACUUCAUAUUCAAUUUGUCUUGAAGAAAAGGUGAUGCGAUUCGACUCUCUAAACUAGGGAGAUGCUGUGCGUGUUUGAGAUCAGAAGAGGAACGAAACGGUUGUCAUGGCAACACGCCAAGGGGACCCAGCAAUCGGAAAUAGAAUCUUUGUAGCUGGUUCCUGGAUCAAAUCAUAGCCAUCACAAUGUUCUCUAUCAAUCAGUAAUUUGGGACCACCGGACCGAGAGUGAUCAAAUAUGUGGCGACUCGUGCUUCGACUCAUUGACGUCCAUCACUGCUCAUGGCGACGAUGCGUAACCGUCUUCAGUGUCCUUCUCGUCGUCAACACUGCCUUUCAUUGGACCCUGGUCGAUGACGUACACUCGCGAUCGGGACAGCCUGGCAAACGGAGCGCGAUCUCGAUGUCGAGGGACGGAGGUGGGUUGCCGUUUCGUGAUCGGGUGAUCAGCAUUAAUAAAUGGUAUGAUGAACUGAAGGGCGGAAAACUGGACAGUAAGGGAAUCGACUUUGAUGAUGAACACGAGACCAAAGAUGAUGCGAAUAGGAAAGGAGAUGAUAUGGAUACUCUGAUUACUUACAUAACGAGGAAACCUUCAAACAGACGCCCUCUAGGGGAUGUACAUUUAUACACGAAUACAAAUUUUGCUGAGUCACAUCCGACGCAGACGAAACUUCAAAGGAUUCGCGAAGAUAAACUCGGGAAUCGUCGAUUGGUGUCGGCGUCGAUCGACAACACUCGGAAUGAGAGUGAAAUCGUUCGGAAAGUUGAAAUAAGUCGGAAGGAAAUUGAUAGCAUGAGGGAAAGAGUUCAGACAAGAAGAAGAGAGAUCAGAAACAAAAGCAUGACAGAAAGUGUCGAGAAUAAGCUUCUCUUUUUGCGGAAUUCUAAGAUUAAACCAAGGACGGCGCCAACAAAAAGUAGCAACUCAAAUAAAGAUCGGGUUGUAAAGUUGAUACGAACGAUUGAGGCUUCAACGGAUCGCAAAGUUAUAGAAGUUUAUUCAAACGAAAAGAUUCGUUUCUACAGCCAACCUAGUUGGCUUUAUUCAAAUGACUUAGAUGCGAUGAACUUUUUGGCGGGCUCUUGGGUAUUGGGCAGACGACUGGCUCGACACUUCGAGAUACCGGUUAAUCGUCUCGUACUCGUCUCGAAUGAUGAAAUUGAACGUCUGGUGGAUAAUUACGAGCGAAAAGGAGAGAAAGCUGACACUGAAAUGGAAUGCCAUCAAUCGCUGCGUACAUUGGCUUGUCAAGCGGCAUGGUGCUCGAUUGAUUUAAGCCUGGUGGUGGCAUUUCAUUUGGACCGGGUAAUUGGUUUGAACGUUACUCCCCCGACAGUUGGCCGGGAGCUGCCGCUUGGGACACGGCACCCUCCCGCGUUGCAACAUGUCAGCCGAUCGAACGAGACGCAGGGCUCCAAAUUUGUACUCGACGUUGACCUUCCUGUCCGGGUUGUCGCACUCAUUGUGACGUCAUCAAGGAAGUUACAUUCGGGACCUGCUGCUGGGCGAGGGGCCGGCGAACAUUACCGCUUUAUGACGAGAAAGGCGACGGAAGGCCAAUUGGAAGUUUCGUCGGAUCUCUCGGAGAAGCUGUUCAUCUUUUGUUACCUCUUAAAGAUAUCAAACUGCAGCACGGAUUUAUGGACAGGAUAUUUCAACUCUUUGCUUAUCCCUCAUCGUUCAAACCACUUCAAUGAAUCAUUCACCGAUUACUGCGAUACCAAUAUAACGUCACCCAUCAAAGUCUUCCAAUCUUCCAUAAUCCCCGAUCGAACAGACAGUAAUAUGCUAAAGAAAUUUAAAAGGAUAUCGAGCGAAAAUAUGGAGCUCCUCCAAGCAGGACGAAUCCGACAGCGACUCCUCCAAUCCAUCUUCCUGGAUCGCAUCUUCUGGGCUGAGGCUGGUGGUCGUCACGGCAUCGAGAUCAUUCUCGACAUCGUUGAUGGCCGCGUCAAGGAACUCUUCGAAUGGCUCUCACGCUUUUCUAACGCGAAAAAGAAACGACGGAAAAUAUGAUAAUGGGACUUUUCCAUGGCUUCAUCAUUAUUACCGGUUCUUUUCUGAAAUUAUAACCAACAAAACAUUUCAUCUCCCCCUGUCAUAUCUGAUUAUUGUUUCAAGAAGUGUAGUUUUAGUUUUGUUCUUAUUUAUUUUGACAAAGAGUGCUGUGGUGAGGUGUUUUAGUUAUUUAAAAAUCUAGAUUGGCUGAAGGAAUAUCACCUUGCUGCAAUAAUAUCACUACACAACUUAGUAAGUAAUAUUGUAUGUUAUUUAUUUACAAUGAAAUAGAUACUUAUGGGCCUGUAGAACAAUUGGAAGUUCUAAUGACAGGUGUAUGCAUAAGCACUACGGUCUUCUCUGUAGGUAAGUAUGCAUCUAUAAUUCAACAAGUCAAUAGCGGGAUGAUCUAAAUAUACAUUAUUAGCUGCAGAUCCAUGAUUUUCCAAGAAGGUGGAGGGGUGGAGCUAGGGGUCUGCCUUAGGAUUCAUAGUGGGGGUAAGGCGGCUAUCUUGAAAGUUCUGAAUUCAGAACCUUCUAGAUAGCCGCCUUGAGAUAGAAACACCUACUCUCUCCCUAUGAAAAUUGUAUACAACAAAGGGUUGUCUUGGUAACCACUUUUAAUUUUACGAAUGGAGUCAAGGGGCCCACUUUAAGGCCCCUGAUAGGUCAAAGGGGUUGCGGGGCUCAGGGUCGAAGCCCCGAAAAUUCUGAGUUUUUAACAGUUUAGAACCUUUAAGAUGUCCGUCACGAUCAACAGAAAUUUUAAUUAUCUCAUGGACUUCCACAAAGCCCUUAUCAUUCCCCCCCUUUUUUUUUUAUUAUUAUGUCUCUUUUUCUCGUAAAGACAAUUUUAUAAAACUCUUUUUUCGUAUUGUUUACUUUCCUCCGAGGUUUUCGUAGGCACAUGUCGAGCCAGUCUAUCGACAAUAUUUUUCUUUUCAAAAUCGCCUAUAUUCGUUUAUGAUGACAUACGUCCAAACCCGCGUCCUAGUUAUGAAGUUCACAAAAGAUAUUCCAACACUCCGCCGUAGACAAGCUGAUAUGUGUCCUAUUUAAUGCUGGCAGAUUGGGUAACAAAUAAAAAUUGACAAGCUCUACCCAAAAUACAGGUCACAAAUCUAUUAAAAUAAUGAAUGUACCAUCAUACGAUGAAGCCCUAAAAAGUACAGAAUAAAAAACUAUCCGAAAUAAAUCUCAUCAAAGAAAAGAGUAUCUUAACAUAAUAAAUUGUUUAAUAUACGGGUUGCCGGGGUUAGUGCAAUGUAUCCCGUGAAAUCUGACUUAUAAAUCGAACCACUGUUAUACAAUUCAAACACGACAAAUACUAAGGAUGGCGAAAUGAUGCAAAGAUUUAAUCGGAAGCACAGUGAUACCGGAUCUAAUAAUCAAAUAUUAGAAUAAUCAUCAUCUAGAUGUCCUAUGUAUUUAUUUCUUCGUGCGCGUUUGACAAUGCAGUAGUAUUUAGUAAUACAAACUGGAAAAAGGGUUUCUUUCUUCGCAUAUUUAUUAAAUCAUUGUUUGAUUU